AGAACCUCUCAUUGUCUGCAAAGAAUUUAAACAACUGUGUUUCUAGAGAGAGAAACAUUCAACGCAAAAUCUAGGGUUUGAAUAAACACAGGAUGAAUGCGGUAGGUAGACACGGUCAAAGUCAAAGAUCCGGUGCAUCUGGAGUUCAUCACCAGCGGCAAUACUCCGAUAACUUUUUGGAAGCCACAUCUUCGUCGGCUAACGGCCGGUGGCUACAACCGCCUUCCAACGCUUCUUCUGCCUUUGGUUAUCAAGGUGCUAGAAUGUAUGAUAAUAGUAGUAGGAAUGUUGGUGUGCAAAGAUCGUUGAGCGGUGGGAGUGAUUUGUUUGCUGAGGCGUUGACGCCACCGCGACAGAAGCACGGUGGCGGUGAUGACAACAAUGGAUUUAGUCCUGGCUUGUUAGAUCUGCAUUCGUUUGAUACGGAGCUUAUCUCCGAGGUGCCUGUAACCGGAACUUAUGGUGCUCCGAUGUAUAACAGUCAUUUAAUGUUCUAAAUCCACCUUAUGUGGG